UUCAAAAUGUGCUUGUAAGCUACACACAAAGAGUUAUUUCACUAACCAAGAAGAGUUAGAGAAAUUUGUUUAUUUGUUGUGUUUAGAAGAGAUGAUUCACUUGACUUUUAUAUUUGGCCUCCUAGGCAACAUUGUCUCCUUCAUGGUCUACCUUGCACCAGUGCCAACGUUUUAUAAAAUUUACAAGAAGAAAUCAACGGAAGGGUUCCAAUCAGUUCCUUACGUGGUUGGCUUAUUCAGUGCCAUGCUUUGGAUUUACUAUGCAUUUCUCAAACCUGAUACCACUCUUCUCAUUACCAUUAACUCUGUUGGCUGUUGCAUUCAAUCUUUCUACAUCUGCUUCUUCCUCUUUUAUGCAACAAAAAAAGCCAAGAUGGACACAGUGAAGCUGCUUCUUUUGCUGAACUUCUUUGGGCUGGGCGUAAUCAUUUUGCUAACUCAAUUUCUUGCAAACGGAUCCAAUCGUGCUCAAAUUGUCGGAUGGAUUUGCCUUAUUUUUUCCUUGUGUGUCUUCGUUGCACCUUUGGGUGUUCUUCGACAAGUUAUAAAGACCAAAAGUGUGGAGUACAUGCCAUUCCUCCUAUCAUUUUUUCUGACAUUAAGUGCCGUUAUGUGGUUCUUCUAUGGUUUACUGCGCAAAGACUACAAUAUUGCUAUACCAAAUGUGCUGGGAUUCACCCUUGGAGUGAUUCAAAUGGUGCUUUACUUGAUUUACAAGAACGCAAAAAAGGUCACUGAAGAAGUAAAAUUGUCCGAAAAUUUGGAAAACACAGAAACAGUUGUUGAAGAGCAUAAGCUUCCUGAGGAAUUAUUAAAAGAGCAGAUUAUUGAUGUUGUGAAGUUGAGUACUAUGGUUUGUUCAGAAAUAAUUCCAAUGGUUACUGAGCUGAAUGAAAUUAAUGUGCCUCAAAUCAGUGUGAUUAUUAAUGAAGAGAAGAUGAAGCCAAAGGGAACCAUAGAGGCCUCCGUUGAACUCUAAUUAAAUUAUGACAUUGGCUUGUUUAAGUAAAUGAUAUAAUUAUCUAAGUAAUGUUAUUGGUCAUGUUAUGUACUUAAAAAUAUUAGUCAUAGGUCGUCAUGAAUUAUAAUUUAGCCAGGGGGCAAAGCUCUGAUUGUGUGUGCCUAAGUUUGUACGUCUUUAUCUUUUGAUUCUAUUCUAUUUAUAGCUAAAUUCUAUCGUA